GGGGGGGGGAGAUCGGAAGACCAGAUUUUAGGGAGACGUCCCCAUCGUGGAGCCCGAGGGGAAGCUCCGGAACGACCAAGGGCCUGCCUUCACCUGCAGCAGAAUUCCCCAACCCACCAAGGAUUUGAGACCCAUCAGCUAUCCUCACCUGGUUUAGCCAGCCGGUUGAAGCCGUUGCUUGGAUCACGGCCGAUGUUGCAUGCUCACAGCUUCUGGAAGCCACAGGACUUCUUCUCAGCCCAUUCUGAGGAAAGUGAUGGAGAAGACAAGUCAGAAUUUCGGGGGAGGGAGCAGCUUUCAUUUCACUAGAAAAAACCAUUAUAAUGUGUGAAAUGUGGAAUAUGCUUCACUGAAUGAGCACACAUAGCUCACAUCUCAAAAAGGGGAGAAACCGUUUAAAGCUAUGGAGAAUGGAAAGAGUUUAACUGAUAGUGGAACACUUAGAACACAUCAGGGGAAUCACAUGGGGAAGAAAAGAUUCCAAUGCAAGGAGUCUGGAAAGAGGGGAAACCUCAAUAUACAUCAGCGGACUCACACAGGAGAGAAACUAUAUAAAUGUUUGGAGUGUGGAAAGCACUUUAGUGAUAAUGGAAACCUUAGAAGACACCAACGGGUUCACACAGGGGAGAAACCUUUUAAAUGCACGGAGUGUGGAAAGAGCUUCAGUUGGAUUGGACAACUCAAUAUUCAUCUACAGACUCACACGGGAGAAAAACCAUUUAAAUGUAUGGAGUGCGGAAAAAGCUUCCGUUUCAAUGCAAGACUUAAAACACAUCAACGGACUCACACAGGAGAGAAACCAUAUAAAUGUAUGGAGUGUGGAAAGAGCUUCAGUCACAGUAGACAAUUCAAUAGACAUCUACAGUUUCACACAGGGGAGAAACCAUUUAAAUGCAUGGAGUGUGGAAAGAGCUUCAGUUUAAAUGCGUGCCUUCGAAGACACCAACGGACUCACACGGGUGAAAAACCAUAUAAAUGUAUGGAGUGUGGAAAGAGUUUUAAUGAUGGUGGAAACCUUAGAAAACAUCAACGGACUCACACAGGAGAGAAACCAUAUGAAUGUAUGGAGUGUGGAAAGAGCUUCUGUCAGAGUGGACACCUUAGACAACAUCUACAGACUCACACAAGGGAGAAACCAUUUAAAUGCAUGGAGUGCGGAAAGAACUUCAGUAGGAGUAGACAACUCAAUAUACAUCUACAGAUUCACACAGGGGAGAAACCAUUUAAAUGCAUGGAGUGCAGAAAGAGCUUCAGUUUAAAUGAGUCCCUUAGAAGACACCAACGGACUCACACAGGAGAGAAACCAUAUAAAUGUAUGGAGUGCGGAAAGAGCUUCUGUCAGAAUGGACACCUUAGAAAACAUCUACAGACUCACACAAGGGAGACACCAUUUAAAUGCAUGGAGUGCGGAAAGAGCUUCAGUUUAAAUGAGUCCCUUAGAAGACACCAACGGACUCACACAGGAGAGAAACCAUAUAAAUGUAUGGAGUGUGGAAAGAGCUUCAGUUUAAAUGAGUCCCUUAGAAGACACCAACGGACUCACACGGGUGAAAAACCAUAUAAAUGUAUGGAGUGUGGAAAGAAUUUUACUGAUGAUGGAAACCUUAGAAAACAUCAACGGACUCACACAGGAGUGAAACCAUAUAAAUGUAUGGAGUGUGGAAAGAGCUUCUGUCAGAGUGGACACCUUAGUAAACAUCUACAGACUCACACAAGGGAGAAACCAUUUAAAUGCAUGGAGUGCGGAAAGAGCUUCAGUUUAAAUGAGUCCCUUAGAAGCCAUCAAUGGACUCACACAGGUGAAAAACCAUAUAAAUGUAUGGAGUGUGGAGGGAGUUUCAGUCACAGUGGAAAUCUUAGAAGACAUCAGCAGACACACAGGGAAGAAACCAUAUAAAUGUAUGGCAUGUGGAAGGAACUUCAGUCAGAGUGGGACCCUUUAUUUACAUCUACAAACUUAUACAAGAGACAACCAUAUAAAUGUAAGGAAAGUAUAUAGAGGGUCAGUCCUAGUGGAAGUCCUAUAUCAACAGACUCAUGAGCAGGAAGAACUUUAAUAGUUUAACCAUACAAACCCAUCAACAACUCAAGAGGAGAAGCAGUUUAAAUGGAAAGAUUUGCAGAAAGUGCUUUUGUUAUAAUGGAGUGUUUAAGAAACAUCUUGGGACUCUCACAGGGGAGAACCCAUUUAGAUGUAUGGAAUGUGGGACGUGUUCCUCUCAGAGUCCCCUCUUUUCUUCACAGCUAUGAACUCAGCAGGAAAUCAGUCUUCAAAGCAUGAUGUGUAUGUGAAGGUCUUGUGUUUAUAUGUAAAACUGAACAGUAAUGAAAUAUUGAAGGCAAUGUCUCACAAUACUGAGUAUAAUUUUAGAUGUAAGAUACCUUUUGAUAGAGAGGGAAAAUCUGAAUUGGUGGUGGGGAGUGAGGAUUAGGGCUGGGCGAUAUAUUAAUAGCUCGUCCAUACCGGUUUCUAGACCACAUCACGAUAACCUUUGAAAAACAAUUGAUAUGGCAAUAAACCACAUCACGAUAAGUGAGGCCCCUGCAGAUGCCGAGUUGCUGACUUCCCUCCCAGACGACAGGAAGCGAAACACACACCUCCUUUGCCCUGUGUCGUUCCAGCCUCUUUGCUCCCUUGCUCCCUUCUGCCGGUUUGUGUGCCUGACUUAGAUAUACUGUGGGUGUAUUUUUUUACUGCUGAAACUGGAUUUGCUCUCAGGAGCUAAGCUUUGUGCCUCACUGAGAACUGUAUGCUUUGAGCCCUCAGUAAACUAUUACUGAAGAA